AUCUCUUCCAGUCCUGACCUGUUCCUCGUUUGACGUUUCUUUGCCGGGACGUAUGUCUUAGAUAAGGUUGUUUGUGGUGUGUUGGUGCAGUUGAUGGGUCCUGCUUGAAUUUUCCAAGAAAUCGGAUUGAUAAAAAACGAAGUAUUUAUAAGCAUAAUGGGUGAUACGAGCGAUUUAGAUCGACAAAUCGAACAGUUGAAACGAUGCGAAACGAUCAAAGAAGGUGAAGUCAAAGCUUUGUGUGCGAAAGCUAGAGAAAUCCUUGUUGAAGAGAGCAAUGUACAGAGAGUAGACUCACCUGUUACAGUGUGCGGAGACAUUCAUGGCCAGUUUUAUGACCUUAAAGAAUUAUUUAAAGUUGGAGGCGACGUACCUGAAACAAACUACCUUUUUAUGGGAGACUUCGUUGACCGCGGCUUUUAUAGUGUUGAGACUUUUUUACUACUGUUAGCGUUAAAAGUUAGGUAUCCUGAUCGCAUCACCUUGAUACGAGGUAACCAUGAAUCACGUCAAAUUACUCAAGUUUACGGAUUUUACGAUGAGUGUUUACGCAAAUAUGGAUCAAUCACAGUAUGGCGCUAUUGUACAGAAAUUUUUGACUAUCUUUCUCUGUCAGCUAUCAUUGAUGGAAAAAUCUUCUGUGUUCAUGGUGGGUUAUCACCUUCUAUUCAAACUUUGGACCAAAUUAGGGUGAUUGACCGAAAACAAGAGGUGCCACAUGAUGGACCCAUGUGCGAUUUGUUAUGGAGUGAUCCCGAAGAUACUCAAGGAUGGGGCGUUUCACCUCGAGGCGCUGGCUAUUUGUUUGGAUCAGACGUAGUGGCGCAAUUUAACUGUGCUAAUGAUAUUGAUAUGAUAUGUCGAGCGCAUCAGCUUGUUAUGGAAGGUUACAAGUGGCAUUUUAAUGAGACAGUUUUGACAGUGUGGUCUGCUCCCAACUACUGUUAUAGAUGUGGCAAUGUAGCAGCUAUUUUAGAACUAAAUGAACACCUUCAGAGAGAUUUCACAAUUUUUGAAGCAGCUCCUCAGGAAACUAGAGGCGUGCCAUCAAAAAAGCCACAAGCAGAUUAUUUUCUAUAAUUUAAUCUUUAGUUUAUUGUAACAUAUUAUGUAUCUUGAUAUAACUAUAUUAUUUCGUUUCCUUUCAUAAUGGUUCCAGGAUCUUUUUGUAGGUUUUGAUUUUGUCAUUUCAUGUGUACUUUUUUUUGUAUAUUUAGUUUCGUCAUCUAAAUUAAACUGUACUUAGCGUAAAUUAAUUUAUAAAUAUUGUAUUCUACCGUUUACAGACUGCCAAAUAAAUUUUUUUUAUAAAGUGGAA